AGAGGGGGGCGUGCCGACCGAUCCACUGCUGCUCCGAUCUCUCAUGGCCUGAGAUCUGCUCACAACAGGGCUGAAGUUUUAAACUCAACUUCUGGGGGGAGUCUGGAGGAUCUGCAGGGUUCGGUUAGGGGGUUUUACAGCCGCACGAAUGAACUGCACCAGAGUUUUGCACGUCUUGAACCCCAGGCCGAUGCCAGCUCCCAUCAUGCCUGUGGAUGUAGCCAUGAGAAUCUGUCUGGCACACUCCCCACCCAUACGCAGCUUCCUCGGUUCCUAUGAAGACUACAAGUCCAGGCACCUGGGCAAGCAGUACAAACCACUGAGACCAUGCAUUAGCUCAAAGGCUAAAGUGGAAGCCUCCACCCGAGGAUGGAAGAGCACUAAAGGCAAAGCCAAAAAAAGGGUGGUGUUCGCUGACUCCAAGGGCAUGUCGCUAACGGCAGUUCACGUCUUCAAGGAGUUUGAGGAUGACUCGCUCUUACUGUCUGAUCUGCAGUUUGAGCUGGCAGACUUGGAAGAUGCCAUCGUGGGUCUGAAGGUUAAGAAGGAGAGGAGUUUGGUUUUGGACUUUGCUCAGCCUGCUGCAGACUACCUGGACUUUCGAAAUCGUCUUAAGAAGUACUGGGUGUGUUUGGAGAACUGUGUUAUCCAGGACAGAUCUCUCACGGGCACAAUAAAAGUUAGUAACGUAAGCUUUGAGAAGUCCGUUCAUGUGCGCAUAACGUUCGAUUCGUGGAAAAGCUACACAGAUAUUCCUUGUGUCUACAUGAACAACGUUUACGGCUGUGCGGAUACCGACACGUUUUCCUUUGCCGUCGACCUCCCGAGUUCAGUGUCUGCUGAGAAUAAAGUGGAGUUCUGCAUCUCCUACAAAACCGAUCAUCAGACGCACUGGGACAAUAACGACGGCAAGAACUACAGCCUGGCUCACGUAGACAACGACACUGACCAUACAAAGCAAGUUAUUCAAAAAACGACCUAUGAGACCAGGAGCAACAGCAAAAGACCUGAGAUGGAGUUUGAUCAGUUUGGGAGUCCAAGGACCUCCAGUGGCUUCUUUCCAGAGUGGCAGAGUUGGGGUCGCAUCGAAAACAACAUUCCCUACUGGUGAGGCCUUAGGGUGCCCUGUACCUUCUAAUAAUGCCUUAUAGGUUGUGGGAAAGGGAAGGAAGUAUAAAUAAAUAAAUGUGUGCACCAUUUAAGAAUUAGAGAAUAUAUAGACUGUAAAUACAUAAGAAGUCAACAAACUUAUUCAUAAAAAAUAUUUCCUAAUCUCAUGCUUAGGCUUUUGGUGUGUUUUUAAAAAAAAGUUAAAAAGGUAUUUUAACACUUUUGUGGUUAUAGCUGUUGGCCUAAUGCUCAAAUUAGAAUAAUGGUUAAUUUAAUUUACACUUUACUAGGUUUAAGUGCUCCAAACUAAUAAAUAUUCUAACACAGACUGUUGUAAUUCAUCAUUUAAUGAUUGGCAGUCACAUAAAAUGUCUUUCAUACAUUCAGAUACCAGUAAUUUACAAAUUAUGUAUUCAGGUCAAGUUUCACCUCCCUCCUUAAUGACACUAUUUUGUAAUAACAUUUAUUAAAUAUAUAUUCUUACAACAUUUUUGAAUAACCUCAGAAAUCAGUGUAGAACAUCAAUAAAAGUGAAUCAGUCUGACCCGUGGUUCCUCUGAAACACUGUGCAGUGUGCACUUAACUCUGGAGAAUGUUCUCCUGUUUUCGUAGAUGUGGCUGUUCAUGUGGAGGCUGUUCCUGUGAGAACAAGAACUGGGGAUUUUGCACUGUGGACGAUGCCUUUAAACUGAGAAAUGCGGAAGUGCAAUAAUUUGGUACAUCAUCAGUUUGCUUCAUAUUGAAGUCCGUGUAUCUCGUAGUACCACUUUAUGGGCCGCUUUCCAGCUGAAGCAAUAAUCUGACACUUGUACAUUAUGGGCACUCAAACUGCUGGCUUUUAAACGUUCUUGUUCUGUUCAUGCACUUUUUUUCCUUUAUACGUUUAGUUUGAGAAACUGCAUUGCACUUGAAUUGAUCUGUUCACGGUCUCACCUUUUCCAUGUUUGCUGCUGUGGGUUUGAUUCUGCCAGUGUUUCUGAGUUCUUUUAUAGACCCAUGAUAUGUGAAAUGAGGGAUUUUUGAAUGUUAAUGAAACGUGUUCGUAAGUUCAGUAAUUAAAUGAGAACCUGUGAAUGGGUGGAGUAAUAAUGAACUAUUAUAUGAUUUGUCAUCACUUUUCCCAUGUUUGCACCAUUUUUCCUUUGGGGAAAAAACACUCAUGUUUAUGUGAAUGUCUGCGUGUCUGUUAUCUGAAUGUUAAUGGCUGACUAUUAGGUUUUUGUAAAUUUAGGAGAUGGAAUAUGCAUGUUAAGUAUUGAAAGGGGCUUGGAACUAUGGUGUAUAUCUGUUUUCUACUGCAAAGAAGUGUCUAAAAAUGAUUUACUGCAUUCUGAAUUACUUUUAGAAAUAAAAUCAUGUUUCUACAUGUUAGUAAUUGUAUGUAAAGUGUCAUCAGAAGUACAAGACAAGAAACUGCCAAAAGCAUUCAAAUAUUAUG